AUGCCUUUUCCCUUCAGAUUGCUUUGUGAUCUCCUCGAGGGGCUCGAGAGAAAUGCCAGGAGGUCAUCGAGCAUCGACAGAAUCCGGGAAUACAGGGUCUUCGGUCUGCAAGAACGACAACUGGAAGGGGUUAUACAACGCGCACAGUGUCUUGGAUCAUCCCGAAUGAAGGAUCUUCAGAGAUGGAAAACCAGUGGCGGUUUAGACCUUGCGUCCUCCGUCGAGCGCGUGAUGGCUACAACAGACUGCGAAUCCAGAGCUGACCGAGAGGUAACUCUGGAAGAACUCGACGAUGUCCUCGAUCAGAUUGCAGCCUCAUCAUCGUUCUCGUCCGCUAGCCUACGGGAAAGAGUUACAACGAAGCAUGGCCGAUCAAUCCGUGCAGAUGACUUGCUUUCGAAAGUAUUCCGAGUCCUGCAGAGCUCGGAGACCAAAUGGAUGAUUCGCAUUAUAUCAAAGAAUUACAGCCCAGCCCGCGUUCCAGAGACGCUGGUAAUGAGCAGAUUUCAUUUUCUCCUGCCUGACCUCCUUCGCUUUCAAAAUUCAAUCCCAGCUGCUGUGGGGCUCCUAGACAGCCCGGCUAUCCGGCAUAUGCCCAUCCAGCCAGCGGUGGAUACUUGCGAUGAGCUAAAGGAAGUUGCCAGUAGGGAACUCGAGCCGCAGGCUGGGAUAAUGACGGCGCGUGCGACCUAUGAAAAAGCAAGGAGCAUCAGGCAUUGCUGCCAAUUGGCUGGGCCGAGACGGAUGAGCGUGGAGAGGAAGUACGAUGGAGAAUACUGUCAAAUCCAUAUCGACCUGAACAAAUCCGGAGCCGGCAUCAAGAUUUUCUCCAAGAGUGGGAGAGACUCAACCAGCGACCGCAUGGGAAUUCAUCGGGCACUGCGGGACAGCCUUGAGCUUGACACAGCAGGCUGCAAAAUCAAGAAGCGGUGUAUCCUGGAGGGCGAGCUGCUGGUAUGGAACGAUGACGAAGGGAGAAUCGAGCCUUUCCACAAAAUCCGCAGACAUGUGAAACGAUCGGGACGGUUUCUUGGAGCAGCUCUCGAUUCGCCCGUCGAAUCGAGCGAGCAUCUCAUGAUCAUGUUCUACGAUAUUCUAUUACUGGACGACAUCGUCUGCGGCUUAGAGACUCAUGAUGUACGGCGACGACGGCUUCAAUCUUUGGUCCGCUGCAUUCCGGGCCGGACCGACAUAGGAUCUCGCGAAGUAAUUGAAUUCUCGUCUUUCGACGCAGCGGAACGGCUCAGUGAGACAUUCGCUCGAGCCAUCACACAACGGUGGGAAGGAUUUGUGCUCAAAGGUUGCGACGACCCCUACUUCUCAUUCAACGGAAGCAAGCCAUUCAUCAAGCUCAAGAAAGAUUACAUUCCAGGCCUUGGUGACACCGCAGACUUCGCCAUUAUUGGGGGACGCCGCAACGCGAGAGAUGAGCAUGAGCUCGGCAUUGGUAGCCUAUGGUGGACGUCAUUCUAUAUCGGGUGCGUCGAAAAUAAGCACGAAGUCUGCCGCUUUAAUGCCAAGCCGAGAUUUCGCAUAAUCGAUACGGUCGACAGACAUGGCAUCUCGAAAGAAAACAUCACGUACCUCAACCGCCAUGGAUAUUUCACACGAGCACCAUUCGCCAAGUCUAUGCCCGAGUUCGAUGUCUUAUUCGAGCCCGCACGGAGGCUGCAGCCAGUGGAGCUAUUCAAGCAUCCGUUUAUUGUAGAAGUGGUUGGUGCUGGCUUCGACAAGCCCGCGAACGUUGGGUACUUUGCUCUGCGAUUUCCACGAGUGUUGAAGGUUCAUGAGGAUCGCUCGUUCAGGGAUACAAUCAGUUUUGGGGAGCUGCAGGAGAUGGCCCAAAGAUGCCUAGAGGUACCGGAUGGUCAAGGACCAGCUCUCCCAGUGACGACGCAGUUUCUGUCGCAGAUAUCUGUGAAGGCAGGCAAAGCAACCGACAACAGGAGAAGUUGAGGACGGCUGUUGAGUCCCAGUGCCUUGAUAAUAUUUCCCUCCGGGCAUCAAAGCGGAAGAUGGCUCCAGAGGUUGCCUUGUAUGGUAAUUCAACCGUCAAGCGAGCAAAGCAGGAGUAAACGAAAGAAUCGGUCAUGUGAAGAGAAAGUGUCGCGAACUUUGGGCUCUGG